AUGGAAAUCACAAUUACAUCAAGAGAAACAAUCAAACCAUUGUUCCCCACACCAGAUGAACACAAAUUCUUCCAACUCUCUUUGUUUGAUCAGCUUCAACUUGUCACCUAUUUGCCAAUGGUUAUGUUUUACCCCAACAAGGUGGGGUUCCCUGAACCCUCUCAUAUCUGUGCUCAAUUGAAACAAUCACUGUCUGAGACACUAACAAUUUUCUACCCUGUAGCAGGCAGAAGAGAAGACCACACUUUCAUCACUUGUAAUGAUGAGGGUGCACUUUACUUGGAAGCCAAGGUGAACCUUAACAUGGUUGAGUUCCUCACACCACCUAAGCUAGAAUUUCUAAACAAAUUGCUCCCACGUGAGCCUAACAAGAUGCACUCACAUAGAGAAACCUUGCCCCAAGUACUUUUACAAGUGAACAUAUUCAAUUGUGGUGGAAUAGCUAUAGGCACAUGUAAUCUCCAUACUCUUCUUGAUGGUUGCUCUGGAAGCCUCUUUCAAACUACUUGGGCCGCUAUAUGCCGUGGCUCUAAGGAGGAAGUUCCAUCUCCUGAUUUAAGUUCUGCCUCUUCUUUCUUUCCACCAUUGAAUCAUUUGAGUUUGCAUAACCAUGCUAAUCAAAAUAAUGAGGAUUCAAGUGCACAAAAAAUGUGCACCACUAGAAGGUUUGUGUUUGGUGUUGAAUCCAUCAACACUCUAAGAGCUGAAGCAAAAGACGGUGAUUAUGAUGAAAGCUCAAAGCCUCUUACCAGAUAUGAAGCACUGACUGCAUUCAUUUGGAAACACAUGACACUUGCAUGCAAGAUGGAGUCUGAUAGCACAAGACCAGCAGUGGCUAUCCAUAUUGUGGACAUGAGAAGGAGGAUUGGUGAACCUUUCUCUAGAUACACCAUUGGUAACAUUUUGUGGCCAGUGAUGGUGUUUUCUGAAACAGUCAAUGCAGACACUAGUGUUAGAUAUUUGGUCAGCAUUGCCAGGGAGAAAUUUGGAAAGCUUUCAAGGGAGUUGUUUUUAAGAGUGAAAAGUGAUCCUAAUAUCCUAGGGAGCACUCAGUGUGUGGAUCUGCCUCAAGGUAUUGAAACAAUAAGUCCAAUUCCAAUUGUGCUGACAAGUUGGUGUGGCUUGAAUUUCAGUGAACUAGAUUUUGGUUUUGGGAAGCCUUUGUGGGUUGGUGUUAGAGGAGGGGAUCAGGAAACUCUCCCCAAUGUAGCUGUUAUCAUGGAAACAGAUGAAGGCAUGGAAGCUUGGUUGACAAUGGAAAUGCAACAUAUUGCUAACUUGGAAAGAGACGUUGAGUUUCUCAGAUUAGCUUUGCCUAAUCCUAGUGUUUCAAACAUCUAGUUUUGACAUCUGCAAAUGAAUUAACUUUUCAAAUAGAAACAAUUGAAACAUGUGUUUGCAAAAAAGAAUGAUAAAAUGUUUGUUGAUCUCCAGAAAGGUUGAAGUACUAAUCACUUGUCAAGUCACUGUUAAAGACAAAGACCUCUUGGGAUAAAAUGAAAAAUAAGUUGAAUUCUUGUCUGGUCCAAACUAAUUAAUAGGUAUUGAAUUAUAGGAAAAAUACCAGUAUGCUAGACAAAAAAGCUAGUUAACAGCU